GAGGCUAACAAUGGGGAAGAGCUGCAAGGUGGUUGUCUGUGGCCAGGCAUCUGUGGGCAAGACUUCAAUCCUGGAGCAGCUUCUGUAUGGAAACCAUGUAGUUGGUUCUGAGAUGAUUGAGACACAGGAGGACAUUUACGUGGGCUCCAUUGAGACAGACCGGGGUGUGCGGGAGCAAGUGCGUUUCUAUGACACCCGGGGACUCCGAGAUGGGGCUGAGCUUCCCCGCCACUGCUUCUCCUGCACUGAUGGCUACGUCCUGGUCUACAGCACAGACAGCCGGGAGUCCUUCCAGCGUGUAGAGCUGCUUAAGAAGGAGAUUGAUAAAUCCAAGGACAAGAAGGAGGUCACCAUUGUGGUCCUUGGCAACAAGUGUGAUCUGCAAGAGCAGCGGCGUGUCGACCCUGACGUGGCUCAGCAUUGGGCCAAGUCAGAGAAGGUGAAACUGUGGGAGGUAUCAGUGGCCGACCGCCGUUCCCUCCUGGAGCCCUUUGUCUACCUGGCCAGCAAGAUGACCCAGCCCCAGAGCAAGUCUGCCUUCCCCCUCAGCCGCAAGAACAAGGGCAGUGGCUCCUUGGAUGGCUGAAGAGCUGCUGUCCCUUCAUCACCUUCCCAACCCUAUUCCAGAGUCUGGGGCUCUGGAAUAUGAGUUGCGGGAGAAAGGGCAAGUUCUCUUUCCCAAAGUCUGCUGGGCAGCUCCGCACUGGGCCAGGCAGUUGAGCUGCCAGAGCUGCUCAAGCCACCUUUGCUCCCUACUAACUCUGGGAAGCACAAAUA